AUGUCAGAUGUUCCCAUUUCUACCCCUACCACUGAGCCAAGCUCAUUCGUGACUGUGACUUCAGCAAAUCAGUUUGAUUGGCUGACUGAUUUUAUCCACCACGUCGUCUCCUUGCUGCGUCAAAACAGGGAGUAUCAUGAGUUUAUAUUCACUGACGUGCCUCCCUCGUGGGCGGACGCUGUGUAUCAGCUUAUUGAUGAGAAGAUUCCCUCUCGAAAAAGCUACAACAGUAAGAGCCGCGAGCUGCAGAUUAGAGUCAACCACACCCAUAUAACCGACUGCAUCCAGCCGUGGUUGUUUAAAAAACCGGUUGGCUGGCUUUUGGAUGGCGACAUGACACUAGAAGAAGUGGAUCUGUUUUAUCCAGGAGUCGGCACUACCAUUUUCUUUAAAUCCGGCCCAUAUAGCGGCUCCUGGAAGGAACCUGACUUCUUCUUCCGAGCUACGCAUUAUUACCUGCCGACUCUUGCGGUACAGUCUGGCUGGAGUGAAUCAAAGGAACAACUUUAUAAGGGCAUGGAGCUGUUGCUAGUGGGUGGCAAUGGCUCUACUAAUGUUGUUAUGAUUGUCCAAUGGACUAGGUUAGAAGAAGCUCGCGUCUCAGGGACUGUUGAGCUCUUUGUCAGAGAUGAGAAUGGUAUUCCUAAACUAGAACAAAGUGAGACUAUAUUCCCGCGUCCUGCGACUCCCAACAACCAAAGCCUCUGGAUACGAAGACGGGACCUUUUCGGGCCAGCGCUGGUGCCAGGCCGUAAUGGCAACGAUGUGCUUUACUUCAAUGUCGAGGAUUUACGUCGUUAUGCCACCGGAGCCCUCGGUCUCAUGGAUCUUGUUCCCGCUUAG